AUGUACAACAGCGAUUCAGUAUGUUUGCCGAUGUACAACGGCGAUGCAUUAGAUACUUGGAUGCUUCUGCCGUUGGGUGAUAAUGUGCUGAUGUGGCGAUGGAGUCGUCACGGCGCAUACAAACUGCUGAAAGUGGACAUUAUGUCUCAGACGAAUUAUCCAUAUCGCUAUUGUCCAACUUACCCAUUGGAUGCUAGCAUGUGGAAUAAUUUCGAUGAGUACAUAAAGUACAUUUACUUGAAGAAGGCAGGAUGGAAGGCUGGUAUUGUAAAACUGCAAUGCCAGCCUGACCUCAUUCGUCUCCUUGAUCCGAAUGGAGAAGGAAAAGUUACUUGGUCUGUCAGUGACGAUACACUGUGGGCAAAGUUUAGUAAAGUUAAAUUACAAAGAAAAGUGACUUGGUCUGUCAGUGACGAUACACUGUGGGCAAAGUUUAGUAAAGUUAAAUUACAAAGUGUGAGUGAUCAGCAAGUUACAAAGCUGAAAAGUAGUGGUGUAUUCGGCGUUGUGAAUAAAGCAAGAAAUGCGACGAAGGACGUGGCGACUCCUUUACAACAUUUUAUGAAAGUGAAGGAGAUGAACGCCAUGCAUCCGAAGAAUUCGGGAGAGCAGUUUAAUAAUGCUGGUGAUCCUCCCGUACUUCCUCCUGUUCAAGCGCAAUGCACUUCUGUGAAGUCGACACCGAAUGAAAUUGAGAAGUACAGGAAUGAUUUCUGGGAGAAGCUACUACAACUUGAAGCAGAAGGUGUAACGGAGGAAUUGCCUUAUGUAACAGAACUACACAUCAAGGAACCUGAGGAAGUUGUGAAAAGGCGAAUUUCAAAGAUGAAGGAGCAAGAGAAUGUUCCUGAUGAAAAAUCGACACCGAAUGCAAUCGAGAAGUACAGGAAGGAUUUCUGGGAGAAGCUUCUACAACUUGAAGCAGAAGGUGUAACGGAGGAAUUGCCUUACGUAACAGAACUACACGUCGAGGAACCUGAGGAAGUUGUGAAAAGGCGAAUUUCAAAGAUGAAGGAGCAAGAGAAUGUUCCUGAUGAAAAAGAUAGGUACAAGGUGGAUCUUUCUGUAAUGCAUGGAAACCGACUCCCACUUUUGCUGACUUCAUUGAAAGGAAGAACGUGGUUCCCGGGGAUAACGUCACCAUUCUACUUCUUGGGAGCCAGGGGUACAGCAUUUGCCAUGCAUUGUGAAGACAUGGACUUGGUUUCAAUCAACCUAAGCCUCGGAGGUUACCCAAAAAUUUGGUACGGGAUUCCAAUGGAACACUUGGCGCAGUACGAAGCAGUACUGAAACUUCAUCUUGGUGCAGGUGCUUGUGAUGUGCCAGCAAGACACAAGCACUUUUUAUUUGCGGAGGGUUUCCUGCACAAAUACGGGAUCAAACCUGUAGUUGCUGUCCAGGAUCCUUGGGAAAUGAUAGUAACAUUUCCUAAGGGACAUCAUGGUGGCUUCAACACAGGCUUCAACUGGAAUGUUGCCGUAAACUUUGCCCCUGAAUUUUGGGUUCAUUACGGAAUAGCAGCUGUGAACUGCUCUUGUGAAACUGAGGUAAACAUUCGAUUUUCAAUGGAACCUUUUGUUCGGCAUUUACGACCAUCUAUGUACAAAGACUGGCUGUUUGGAAAGAUGACCCAAACCCCUGAUGAGUGGACGCAAAGACGGGAUUUGAGAGCGUGUGGGCUGAGUAACAAACAUGUUAAAACCCCAACGCUCAGUGAUUUGAACCUCACAAAAAUACCAAGAACCAAAGCUGCCUGGGCAUUAGCUGAGGACGUUUCACCGACAGAGGUGCAUCUACUACAUUUGCUACAGGAGAGAAUCAAGUUCUUGGAUGGAAAGGUCACAGAUCUGUUGGGUCGUGGGCAGAACAAACCAGACACAGUAUCCUGUGAUCUCCUAGAUGUCAUUCAGGAAGAAGCAGAAAAUCGGAUCAUACGGCGACUACAGGGUGCAACGUUGAAAGUGAAGCGGAAAUCAAAAAAGAGAAGACGUCAAAGUGAAGAAUCAACUGAAAUCGAAGAAAUCAAUUUGACAGAACUUCGCCGGGAAUGCGUGAAUAUAGUCAAAGUUGAACAAGAUAAUGAGCCACGGACGGAAGAUGACAUCGACACAGAAGUCGUCAGCGUAGACUCAAUGGAAGGAAUUGUUGAAGAAGAGACCGUGCUUAACGGAAUUUCUUCAGAAAGUGUCCAGGAUGUGCCAGCGUCAGAACCACAUGAAGAUGUUCACCGGCUGUUUAAAAUCGGAAGGGAAGCAUCCAAGGAAAAAGAUCUCCGUGAAAGUGUUCCGGUCAGAAACGUGAUGGAUGGUGAAGAACGUAAGGGGAAGAAGAAAUUAAAAAGUGAAAUCAGCGACAAGUGCAAAUCCGCGAAGGGAAAUGAUAUCCCUGGUUGUUCAAAUGACUUCAGUCAAAGUGAUGAUGUUGCCAUCAAAACAAGGGCCGUCACUAAUUCCCGUAUGAAUUUGAGGUCGAAAGGGAUGAAGAGAAAGCGAGUAAUGUCAGACACGGAUACAUUGGAAGGUAGUGAUGAUUCUGAUGCCAACGCCAAAGAAAUCAACAUACUAAAAGACAAGAUCAACACAAGCACUCUU